AUGCCAAAAUCUCCGGGCAGGAGCCUUUUUGGAGGCUCGGUCUCGGACACCAAUCUCGUCGACAGCCUUGAUUCGCCAAAUCACUCUGCAUAUAACGUCAGCCCAGUCAAGAUGGAAAGCCAACGGUUGUUGAGCAGCCCGCGAAGAGUCCAUCGAGUUUUGAGCAAGGUCCCUUAUAAAGUCCUGGAUGCACCAGAACUGGCUGACGACUACUAUCUCAAUCUUGUCGACUGGUCCUCUGCUGACGUGCUCGGCGUUGGGUUGGGUCAUUGCGUAUACCUUUGGUCAGCCAAGACGUCGGGGGUGACAAAGCUUUGCGAUCUCAAGGAAAACAAACCUGAAUUGGAUAGGGAUAAGGUCAUGGGUAUCAGCUGGUCGGGCCAGGGUAACUAUCUGGCUGUGGGGACUCAGAAUGGGAAAGUGCAAAUCUGGGAUCCGGUGACGCUCAAAUGCAUUCGAACCAUGACCGGCCACAAGCAAAGGGUCGGGGCACUGGCGUGGAACGAGCAUAUUCUUACGUCAGGGUCUAGGGACCGCAGUAUCUAUCAUCGCGACGUGCGCGUUCCCCAGCAGUCGAUUCGGGAGCUCAAGGGGCAUAAGCAGGAGGUUUGCGGGCUCAAGUGGAAUACAAUGACGAACCAGCUGGCCAGCGGAGGCAACGACAACAAGCUCUUCGUCUGGGACGGCCUGGGGAGCUCGGCUUUGCACCAGUUUGCCGAGCAUACGGCCGCCGUCAAGGCUAUCGCGUGGAGCCCUCACCAACAGGGUCUGCUUGCUUCCGGUGGUGGAACCGCCGAUAUGAAGAUCAAGUACUGGAACACCGUCACAGGAGCCAAGCUAUCGGAAGUCGACACUGGCUCGCAAGUGUGCAAUUUAGCAUGGUCAAAGACUUCUAACGAGAUUAUCUCGACACACGGCUUCAGUUCCGGCAAAGUCCACAACCAGGUCCAAAUCUGGCGAUACCCGGGCAUGCAGCAGGUCGCCUCUCUUACUGGUCACACCAUGAGAGUCCUAUACCUCGCCAUGAGCCCUGAUGGCGAGACUAUCGUGUCAGGCGCUGGUGACGAAACGCUGCGAUUUUGGAACCUAAACACGCCAGCAAAGAAGCUCGUCGCUGCCGAAACAAGCUCGACCUUGAAUCCAUUCGCCAAGCUGCGAUGA